CGGGCUGGAAGGAGUCGGAUCACAGCUCCGUCGAGCCAGCAGCUGAGCCCUGAGCAGCACACAGAGAAAGGAUCACAUCACACCCCCAGCUCGCGGCGAUCAAGCAGCCAGAGCCAAGAGAUCACAAGUCCAAAACACACACACGGACACACACUCACAAAGUCACAAUGGUUGUGGAAGAGGCGAUGGAUGGCGACAUGAGCCUGUCGAACAUGGUGCUGAGCUUCCUGGAGGAGGGAGAGACGGAGAGAUGGCCGGAGAACGACGACGAGGAGGAGGACGAGGAGGGAUCCGCCGAGAGCAAGGCAUUCUGGCGCGCCCAGCACUCCCAGCUUCACGAGGCUUUGGGCAAGACCAGCGCGGCCGAGGGCAGGAUCCGGGCGGUCACGGAGGAGGCCGUGGGGAAGAGGGCCGUCUGCUCCUGCGCGAGGCGGGCGGCGGCCGGCGACUGCCGGAGCUGCAUGCUGCGGCACGCCGUCGAGCGGCUCCGCGACGCCGGGUACAACGGCGCCAUCUGCAGGUCCAAGUGGGCGCGGUCCCUGGAUAUCCCCUCAGGCGAGCACAGCUACGUGGACGUGGUGCUGCAGACGAGGAGCGGCAAGGCGGUGAGGGUGGUGGUGGAGCCGAGCUUCCGGGCCGAGUUCGAGGUGGCGCGCGCCGGCGCCGGGUACCGCGCGCUGGUGGCGGCGCUGCCGGAGGCGUACGUCGGCCGCGCCGACCGGCUGCGCGGCGUCGUCAAGGCCAUGUGCGCCGCCGCCAAGCAGUGCAUGAAGGAGAACAAGAUGCACCUCGGGCCGUGGAGGAAGCACAAGUACAUGCAGUCCAAGUGGCUCGGCACGUCGUCCGAGCGGGAGGCGCCGCUGCUCGACGCGGUGCCGUCGCCGGAGAAGCAGCCCAAGCUCAGGGCGUCCAUGCUCAGCUUCGACUUCGGCCGGGCCCCGGUGGUGGUUGCGUGACGCGUGCAUGGCGGACAACGAGAGGAGUAUGAUAAUGGCAUUGGCAUGGUGGUCACAUGCCCACGUGUAUGUAUGUACCCAUGUUGUAGACCGCGUGCCGUGCCCAUGCCAUGCCGGGGGUUGUAGUAGGCUAGUAGCACCUGAUUGAUAGUAGAGUGUGUAACGGGGAUUCUAGGCUGUACGUAUUCGGGAUUUGUAAUUUCAUGAAUCUGCUCUUGAAGAUGAGAAAUCUGCUGAUGGAGACAGAGUAAAAGAAAAAUGGCAGUUUUCACA